GAUAUGAUAGACUAUUUGAAAUUCCAAAGGAAAAGCAAGAUAGGACAAGAUCAAUGGGCCCAAAAGAAACAAAAGACUCUUUCAAUUUUUCAACAACAUGAAUGCCAUAUUUGAACAAGAUAAUGCAAAUAUAAUCAGAGGUCCAAAACGCUUCUACUGUGUGCAUAUUGUAGGCUGACUCUGCAACUCUUCCCCUUCUUUUCCCCUUCUUUUCCCCUGCAUAUUUUUCCAACAGCACGCAAUGAUUUCUCUUAAAGCAAUCCGAACCUCCUUCACUCCCAUCUAUGGUCCUUUCCCUGGAAGAGAAUCCUUCAAGAAGAGGAGAAUUGUACUCUCCCUCUGCAAGUCCAAUACUUCAGAUAAUUCAAGUCAAGAAACUCCACCGCCCGAAGGAGAUAGUCGCAAGCAGGAACUUCUUGUCAGGAUUGCAAUGCUUCAAGCCCAAAAAGUUCGUCUUACUGAUUACUUGGAUGAAAGAUCAGCAUAUCUAACCCAGUUCGCGGAGGAAGCCAAUGCUGAAAUAGACCAGAUUGGAGAAAAUGCCCUUAAAGAAUUGGAUGAAGCUGGUACCAGGAUAAUGGAAAAUAUAGAGAGUCAAAUGCAAGCUUUCGAGGAAUCUAUGGAGUUGAACAAAUCGGAGAUUGAAGAGAGUGAGAAAAGGGUAGCGGAUUUUGAAGGCCAAAUUGAGAAAGACAGGAAUGAAGGGCUGUUCUUCAAGAACCUGAGGCAAAAAACACCAGUUGACAAGGCAACAGCCAGGGAAGAGACAGAAAAAAUCAGAAAGCUGACUAAGAAAAGUGCUGCUUCAGUAAUCAGAAGGAACAUUUACCUUGUACUGGUUGCGUUGGUACUUCUAGGAAUUGCUGAUGCCUCAAUCUCUUCGACAUUUGACUGGAGGAAGGUUGCAAUUUUCGGGGUUAUUCUGGUUGGUUUGCUCUCUCAACUCGUCUAUGAACAGAGUAUGUUAUCAGAAACAGACAAAAAAGAACAAGAGAAAAGCAACCAAUAGAGAGAGAAGGGAAUUUUUCCUCGUCUUAUUUUACCAUAGAAUAUAUGCACACCAGAUGAAUUAAAACCCCAAACAUGACAUUGCAUUUGGGGCUAAGUAGCAAGCUACUUUGUUUUGCAUCAGCUUGCACCCUUGUUUAUACCAGUAUGACCACCAAAACUCAUUCUGCCAGUGAUCCUUUAUGACAAAAUUUUUGCCCUUAGAUUUU